AUGGAAGAAGCGGAAGCAGUCAUGAAGAUCAUCGAUAGAUGCUGGUUCGAGCUCGAGAUAUUCAAGAAACGACCAGACACAUCGCCUUCUUCAACCUCCAGAUCCAACCCGGGUCAAGAAAGCAUAGAAAUACCCAAGAAAGAAAGCUCGUGUCUUCAAAUUUCUCGGACCCCAUUAAUUCUUGUGAGGUCCGUGAGCGAUCAAACGAGCAUCAUCCCAACACGCUUACAAGCAAGUUCUCUCUCUCCAGACUCAGUCCUCCCCAUGAAACCUAUUCACAGCAUGAUCUAUGAAGAAGAGGAAGGUUUCAAAUGGAACAACCUCAGAAGCUCGGAGUUCUCGCACAGAAAAAAGGGCCAAAUGGGAGGAAGAGCAAAGAGAAGGACCUUGACUAAGAGCUUGUCGGAGCUCGAGGUCGAAGAGCUAAAAGGGUUCGUGGAUCUGGGGUUCGUCUUCUUGGAGGAAGACAGAGUCGACUCAAGCUUGGUCUCCAUCAUUCCUGGGCUACAGAGACUGGGCAACAAAAUUAAAGAUGGUGAAGAAGAUGACGAAGAUGCCGGUGAGUCUGUAGUUGUUGUGAGGCCUUAUCUGUCGGAGGCGUGGGAAUGGUGGGAGGAGAAGAGGAAGGAGGAUCCAUUGAUGAACUGGAAGGUUCCCGCUCUUGGGAACGAGACCGACAUGAAAGAGAGUCUCAAAUGGUGGGCUCACACCGUUGCUUCAACUGUUGUUAGAUGA